AAUGACAGAUUGUAGUGCUCCCAUGCAAAAGUUUCGAUCGAUGGCUGAUGAGAGGGUACAUUCGAAAGCUGGCGGUGGAGCAGGCACAAAACCGAAGGUAGCCACUCCGCAAGUUGUCGCUAAAAUCGAACAAUACAAACGCGACAAUCCGACGAUAUUCGCCUGGGAGAUCCGCGAGCGCCUCAUCAAUGAGGGUAC